AGUGUCAUUACUGUUUACAAAAUAAUUUUCAAUACUGAUAAUGAUAAUAAUCUAAUUAGAGAAAUUUCAUUUAAUUAAAUGAGUUUUAACUUAUUUAACCGCAAUAAAUACUUUUAUUCUUAAAAUGUUAGCUAACAUAAAGAAAGUUUUCUCUUUCGUUAUAUUGUUAUUUACUUUAAAUCUAUGCGACGCUGUCGAGAUUCCAGAACGGUUCCAGAAGUCGAAUCAUACAAAUAACUGGGCAGUGUUGGUUGAUACGUCAAGGUUUUGGUUCAACUAUCGGCAUGUGGCGAACGCGUUAUCAAUAUACCGAAGUGUGAAGCGAUUAGGGAUCCCAGAUAGUCAGAUAAUACUGAUGAUAUCCGACGACAUGGCCUGCAACCCGAGAAACCCUCGACCGGCGACUGUAUUCAACAAUGCUCACGAACAAAUCAAUGUUUAUGGUGAUGAUGUUGAAGUCGAUUAUAGGGGCUAUGAGGUUUCAGUUGAAAGUUUUGUUCGUCUCCUAACGGGACGGGUACCCCCAGACACACCAAGGUCAAAGCGUCUCCUCACUGAUGAAGGAAGCAAUAUCCUCAUAUACCUCACUGGACAUGGUGGUGAUGGUUUUCUCAAGUUUCAAGACUCAGAGGAAAUAACAAGUCAGGAACUUGCGGAUGCACUCGAACAGAUGUGGCAGAAAAGAAGAUAUAAUGAGAUUUUCUGCAUUAUUGACACAUGUCAGGCUUCUUCUAUGUAUGAGAAAUUCUACUCACCAAACAUACUCGCCACUGCCAGCAGUCUAGUGGGAGAGGAUUCACUUUCUCACCAUGUUGACUCAGCCAUAGGAGUGUAUAUCAUUGACAGAUACACAUACUAUGUGUUGGAGUUUCUAGAAAAUGUUAAUCCCAGUAGCAAGAAAACCAUGUCUGAAUUUCUUGCUGUGUGUCCAAAAAAGGUCUGCAUAUCAACAGUUGGUGUUCGCAGAGAUUUAUUUAAGAGAGAUCCGAGCAAAGUUCCAAUUACAGACUUCUUUGGGUCUGUUAGACGGGUCAUCAUAACUACAGACCCCAUAGACAUUCAAGAGGUACCAAAGAGAAGGAAGAAUAUUUCAUUGAACAAAACCAAAGUACAAGAAAAAAGGGAAUACCUACCACAGUUUCCUAUGCACCUAGUCAAGACUACUGUAUAAGUUACUUAAUAAUAAUUAAUUUAUUAUUUGUCACAAUUUCAAUUAAAAUAUUAAAGGUUU